UUCAACUCCUUUUUUACAGUGUACAUUUCAUAAUAUCAUAUAUGAGAAUGUUGUACUAUUUGUGUUUUUUCUUCUUAAGAAAUGCUGUAAAUAAAAUUUAAUUUUUUUUAUGAUAGUGUUUUUUUAAUUUAUUUUUUUCAUCUUAAUUACCUACAUACUUCAAAUUAAUAAAAAUAUCUUUUGUAUGCAUGCAUCAUGACGCUUUAUAGUAUCUAUUUGAUUAAAUUAGCCACAAUUUUCUUACUUUUAUAUAAACUAAAUGUUUUUUUCAGAAAACAUUUAAUUUAUUCAGUCCCUGUUUCUUGAGGAUAUAAUUUGUUAUAUUCAUUUUAGAAUGGCUCAUCUCGUCCAGUUAAAAGGCAAGGAUCGGUCAGAAGCUAAAAGAAAAAUAAGAACGACCAACAGUGGAAGGAGCAUAAAAACCCCUUUAAAAAUUUUAACGUCAGAGGAAGACGAGCCUCUGAGAAAGAAACCUUCUGUACAAAUGGGGUUGGAAUUACAAAAGUUGCGUGACCUUGCAGCCAAACGAGGGCUGUCAAGUGCACAGAAUUCCACGCAGUCAAAAAAAGCGACAAAAACUACACAUGUGCAAAUACACCAGGAACUUACUUCUGAACAAAUUUCAAUGGCCACAAAGUGUGUACCAAAUGCAAUAGAAAAAACUAGUGCAAGUAAUAAAAAUAAUUCAUCGCAGUCUAAAUUCGGAGAUAGUUCUGCAAAGCAAAGUUCACAUGCGAGUUCCAGUAGUCAAUUGGAUGAUUUUAUAAUCACUGAUCCAUUCUCUACUAUAACAGAGGAACCUAUUUUAGUAGCCAACGAUCUGGCAAAUGAAAUUGCUUCAAUAAUAGAGAAGAAAAGUAAAGUAAAUCUCGAAACUAUUGAAGAACGUUUAGGGUAAGUUCUUGUUUACUUAAAAAAAUAUUGUAAAAAUUUAUAGCCCUAAAGUUUUCUACGUUCAAAUUCAAGUUUGAAUUUUAAAACAAAAUAUGUGUACUAACGCGGUAAAAGGGACCUUACGGUCCAAUAGCAAAUUAUACAGAACGGGGGAUCAAAGAGAAGCAAAAAAAUAAU